GCGCGACUGCCUCCACGGCAGUCCUGAAGCAACGUCAUCGUCUCCUUCUUCCUGACCUCACUCUGCCACCCGCAACCACCAACGACACCCGAUACAGAUAUUCAGUGCCAGCGCGUUUUUCUGUCGAUUAAUUAAACCCACAAUUACACGAGCACACGACCCGCCUAUCAUUCCCGAGGUCGACCGCGAACGGACGCUGUAACUGAGCACCCGUGCCUGAUUACCAACACCACGCAACCACCCGCCACGCCCUCACCACUCGCAUACGCACCGCCAUGUCUGUCGAGCUCGAUCCUGUAGAGCUUGGUUUCAAGCGACCCUUCCAGCAUGAAGUGUCGCAGACGCUCCGCUUGAAGAACCCGCAUUCUGACCCUGUUGCUUUCAAGGUCAAAACUACAGCUCCCAAGCAAUAUUGCGUCAGGCCAAACAGCGGACGUAUUGAGCCUGGAAAGGAGGUUGAAGUUCAGAUUCUCCUCCAGGCUAUGAAGGAAGACCCACCGCCAGAUGCGAAGUGCCGCGACAAGUUCCUCGUACAGUCGGUCCUCAUCACCGCCGAUAAAGAGUUUGCCAACGUCGGGUCUUUGUGGUCGCACAUUGAACAGACGUCCAAGUCUUCCAUCCAGGAAAAGAAGAUUAGGGUCUUGUUCCUCGCCCCUGACGAAGGUGGCCUGAGUGUAACACCCGCAAAGACCAACUCUGCUAGCCACGACUCUUUGGUUCCAUCCCCAUCACCGUCUCAGGAAGCCUUCACCCCUCAGCGUGGUGGUGUAUCUGACGCAUCUGGACCGGUUUCCGUCCCACAAGAUCGUCCGGCUGGCAGCAAAAACUUGGGGGAGGUCAGAAACGAGACAUAUAACCCUGCGACGGGUGGUAGUGCUCAGGGUGCCCUCAACUCGGCUGCUGCGAGCGUCUCGAACGCUAUUCCUUCUUCCGGUGACCUAGAGGCUCAACUUGCCGAAGCCAAGGCGCAGAUUGCACGAUUGACACAACAGGUUAGCGAAGCGACCGGUCUCCGCCAGCGCAAGACGGGUUCCGCACAAGACUCGAAGUCACAAGUCUCAACUGCUACCGAAGUACGACAAGCCCCCGCUGGAGGCGUACCCGUUCAGAUUACCGCGCUUCUUUGUCUUAUCAGCUUCCUCUUGGCUUAUUUCCUUUUCUAAACACCUUUCCGGCAGCACUAGAGCAGUCAGUAAGGGAUUUUGCGUUCAGUGAGCAAGGCGUGGGAUUGCGCAGUAACUUUCUAUAGGUGACAAGAAGAAGUAGGGCAGCAAUGGUAUUGGAUGGCGCUGGACGAGAGGACGGUUCAUUGCUUUGUGUUCUCGGGGGCUAUUUUUGCUUGGACCUAGGCUUCUUGUUGGUUACGCAUACAGAGUGGCAUCUGCUAGGGACGCACGAGCAUAUCUGCGUGGAAGGCAUUCAUGUAUCAACAAGUAGACUAUCUGGAGUUGUAGCGCGCCAAAAUUGUUUGACACCUUAAUGUUUAUACCCA